AUGCCUAGCGGGCCGAAAUCAGCAGGCUGCCAGCACUGCAAGACGAGGAAAAUCAAGUGCGAUGAGAAGUGGCCAACAUGCGGAAACUGCUUACGCUCUCUACGGAAAUGUCCAGGUCCGUCGGCUUCCAUCAUAUUCGUGCCGCAUCGCCGUUCAAGAAUUCCAGCCUCGCAGCGAUCAGAAGUUCGGCCGCCGGGGGGGGACAAAACGCACCGUCCCCUGAAAUUGAUGAACUGGACCAAACUGGCAACCUACGGAGAGGGAGACGCUGUUGAGGGCGUGUUUCUCCCGGAAACCCCUCGUGCCAAUCUCAUGGCUACGUCCGAUCGAGUUGCAAGCCAGCUCGCCCACUUCUUAUCCUGGGGCUAUGACACGGUGCUCUGCUUGCAAAUGAGCUAUCUGCUAUACCUCCCACAGCGCCUAUCGCAGAGCGAGUGCCUCCUCAACGCGACAUCUCUCUUUUGUUAUGCUUGGGACGGGUAUCGUCGUCGGUGCCCGUCUCAAUGUCUAUUUGCGACAAGCUUAUAUGGAAAGGCUAUCCGAAGUCUUCAACGAGAAAUUAGCCAGGGUGAGGUUUGCACGGUCGAUACACUUGCUGCGAUGCAGAUGUUGGAACGGAUCGCCAUAUGCUUCGGCACCAAGGAGAUCUUGGACAACAUAUCACCGCACUAUUCUGCCAUUAAGUGGGUGCUUGCCAAUAAGGCGCCUGCGAACCCAGAUGAUAAAUUUGAUAUUUUGUUGACACGGGAAGGACUGAACAUUAUUGAAUCUGUAUCGGCCAGUGGCGACGGCUCGUUCACACAGUCCCCUUGGCAGGGCUAUGCAGGUGAAACUCACUACGACUACCUGACCUCGAAAGAGAUCAAGGGCUUUUCAGAGAGCAACAUCACAUUCAGCAGCUUCCUUUGCAAGCUGGUCGAGUGGACGCACACCAUCAAGAUAAUCCAAGCAAGGCCACACGAGAACAAGAAAGCCAAAGCCAGGCUCCUUGAGCGCAUCGAGGAAUGCGACCGCAACAUAGAAAAGAUCAUCAGCGAUGCCAUGCAGGCAGCUUUAUCCAGCGGAAACAUGCAAGCGAUCCUGGACCCGGAAUGUAUUACCGGUAUCAAAUACGAAUUCCGCUCUGUUGCGUUUGCCACUGGGCUAGCUGGGCUUCUCUCCUUCCGGGCAAAUCUUUUACAAAUCGUCUACGAUAUCAAUGCGUUGUAUGAAGCCAACAUAUCCAAGGACUAUGAGAAUUACCGAGCCGUCUGCAUGGAGCUGUGGAAGUUCAUUCCCUACGCAACCUCUCUAGGCUAUCUUUCAAUCCGCUUAACUGGGUGUAUCGUGCAGACGAUAGAAGCGAUGAACGAGGAUGAGAGAUCAUAUCUGCUGGAUAACUUGGAAAGAGUCGACACAUCGAAAAAGGUCGUUGGCGGGAAGAAUUUCAUGGCAAAGAUGGGGAUGGCUGUUGCAAUGAUUCGGACAGGUCGGUCAUGA